GUGUGUAUUUAAUAAAUACAAAAUAAAAGUUUAUAAAAGUGAAAAUGUCUGAAGCAAUUGCUGUUACGAAUGUUAAUUCUCCGGUAGCCGGAUCUUCUGCUAUUUCUGAGAAAAAAGUUGCUGCUAAAAAAGCUGUUAAGCCAAAAAAGCCUUCAGUCGCUCCUACUCAUCCACCAACUCAACAAAUGGUUGAUGCAUCAAUUAAGAAUUUAAAAGAACGUGGUGGCUCAUCACUUUUAGCUAUUAAAAAGUACAUCAGUGCUACAUACAAAUGUGAUGCUCAAAAAUUAGCACCAUUUAUCAAGCGUUAUUUGAAAUCUGCUGUUACUAGUGGUAAAUUAAUUCAAACUAAAGGAAAGGGUGCAUCUGGUUCUUUUAAAUUAUCAGUGGCUGCCAAUAAAUCAAGUAAAUCUGGUGAAGGUAAAUCGAAGUCAAAAGCGGUGAAAUCCAUUGAGAAGAAGCCCAAAAAGAAAUCGGCAGAUGGUGUGGCGUCAAAGAAGAAGGCAGCAGUUGGCGGUAAGAAAGCAAGUGGCGAAAAAAAAGUGAAGAAAACUGUUGCUAGCAAGAAAACAGCAGAGAAGAAAAAAAGUGAAAAGGCUAAAGCGAAGGAUGCAAAAAAGACUGGAUCUGUUAAAGCCAAACCAGCUAAAGCUAAAUCGACUCCAAAUAAAGCAAAGGCGUUAAAAGCAAAAACACCUAGUGUUAAAACCAAGAAAGCCGCGGUCAAUAAAAAGCCAGUCGCCAAGAAAGCGCCAUCUAAAAAGUAAAGCCCAGGUAAAAGAAAAAAAACUAUGUGGCAAAUAAGAAAUAAAAUAAGCCCUUUUCA